UCCUUGUCAUGGGAGCAUUGUGGGCGCCACAACUCAUUCAGCUGCAGUGAAAAGACUGUUGCAUGUCGGUGUGCAGCCUCUUAUCGCCGAGGUCUGGCUUCCGCUGCUGCUGCGCGGCCCCUCCCCCGCCCGCCCAGCCCCACCAGGAAGCCCAGGGCGGACUCGUCGAGCUUCUAAUGCACGCGGCGGCGAGAAAAACGCUCAUCAACUUUCCGCCGGCGCCCUCCUGCGCUUCCCCGGGCCCCAGGGUCUCCUGUCAACCGGACAGAGUCCGCAAGGGCGGGUCCUGGGCGCUCGCCCCGCGGCGCCGAGAGCAGGAGGAAGCCGGAGCCCGCGCGGGCGCCGUGGAUCCCCUCGGCCUCCCGUUGGUAUCUUCCAUCUCCUGCGUUCAACAUUGUAACCUCGCGGCGGGCGUGCAGACCGGACGCCCUCCCGCUACUUCUGCCGACUAGCUGGGCACACCCGUGGGUUCGUUUUGAAAGAGGCCGUUGCACCGGGCUUUGCAAGGAAGCCGGCAAGGUUAGAUUGAAGGUUAGAAGCCGAUUAGACUAGAAUCCUGCGAUCUGGUGAGACUGCCGCCUUAAAAUGCACCAAACAGUUUUUGAACCUGGAGGGCUAACAGGCGGGAAAAACAUCUGCAAGACUGCCACUGUGUAUUUUUCUCAAGUGACAGGCUAUCCACAGUUUUGGAAUUCCUUAGUGAAACUGUCACACAAGCACAAACACUCACAUGUCAGCUUUCCUUCUAGUUUGUAAAUAUUUGUAAUUUACAAGCCACUGUAUUCCCAACUUUGCACCAUGUGAUUUAGAGAAAGCAAACUCCCUCUUUAAAAAUAAUAUGUUACUUUCUGAAAUACCGGGAUAUUCCACGGCAAGUAAGCCAUAUUGUCGCCAGAGCAAAUAAACCGCAGCACCGUAUCAUAAUUCACUGGGUGCUAUAAGCUGUAACUUGGCUUCGCUUUGAAUGGAAAGAAUCCUGAACGUCUGUGAUGUGAUGAAGUUUUGGAGACUGGGGGCAGGAUUUCCUUUGAAUGUAAGGAAUUCGGAUAACUUGUUCAAGGAAGAUUCUAAUGAAAAACGUUUGUCCCAUGUUUGUUGGGACAAAAAUGCUGGAUAUGGUACAACAUUCUUCCUGCAGGUUCAGUUUUGUUGAAGAGAGUGAGGCCAGCUCGAGGUGAAGGAAAAACAUCAGAAAGGUGCUAAAGUGCAGAAAUAUCUUCCAGAGGCACUAAUAGCCGACUUGAGUUCUUGACCUUUAGCUAGAUCCACAAAGCACUGAGUUAAAAUUGUACACUGAUCCCUUCCAGAACAAAUUAAUUAAUUAAAUGGUGCCUCUUCCCAGCGUUAAUCGUUUAAAAGGACUCAAGUACCUACACAGUUUAAGCAAACUAAAAGAACACUGACACUUUCUCAGAGAACAGGGAUGGGAACUUUCUAUCUGCCCAUUAGUAUCCUACCCCAAGCUACGAAGACUUCCAUUCCUCUUAUUAAGCAUUCAGCAACUACAUUUAGUACCUACUAUGCCAGUGAUGCAAGAAUGGAUAAGACAGUCCCUACACUCAAGGAUAACACCUCUACUAGGUGAGAGACAAACCGAUUAAUUCUGCAUAAGGGAUAAGUGCUAUAUGUUGGAAGCAAUCCAAUGAGGGCUCUGAGGAUGGCGAAGGAAGGGUUCCUGGAGGAUUUACAUUUAACUGGUGCCUUGAAAGGUGUGUGGAAGUUGGCAAGAUCAAAAGGGAGUAGAGUCCAGGUGGAGAGAAGAGCAGGGCAGGCUGGAUGGCAUGGCUCACAACUGUAAUCCCGGCACUUUGGGAGGCCAUGGAGGGAGAGGAUUGAGGCCAGGAGUUCGAGACCAGCCUGGGUGACAUUAAAAGACCCUGUCUCAAAGAAAACGAAAAGAGCAGGGUAUAUACAAGGGGCCUGCCAGCCUUCUCAGCCUUUCUGUGAGAAGCCAGGGGAGGGUAGUACAGGAGAGUGGCUGGAGAUGACGCUAAAAGUAGGUCUGUGUUAAUCUAACGAGUCUCAACUUUACUGUCAAAACUAAUGAACUAGGAAAGUUUAGGCAGCAAGGGCCAGAGAUGGAGUCUGGACUUGUAUUGCAGAAAGUUCCUGUGAUGGCAGCUUGGAGGGUGAAUGAGAGUGUGGGAUGGAGGGGUGAAUGGGUGUGGACAGACUGGAAAAAUGACUCAUGCAGGGAAUGAGGAAGGGAGGAGCCUUGGGAGACUCUCAAAUCCCUGGCUUAGCCUACUGAAUUGCUUGCUACUUGCCUUUUUAUUUCUUCAUUUUGCCUCCCAUUGUCUGUGAUAUUAAAGGCCUAACUUCUUAGUGGAGCAAACUUUGCAUCUGCUAGCAGGUUGGUGCCCUAGCUAGCUUCCAUGCCCCUCUGCUUAGAAUGCCUGCGAACCACUAAGGACUAAUCCUAGUGGUAGAAAUUUAUUUUCAAUUGUUCUCAAACCCUUGUAGAAUUCCAAGUUAGAACUGUGGUGUCCUUUUUUCAUGUGGGUUAGAAAAUUUGCUGUUUGGAGCAACAUGGUGAAACACAGGACUUUUGAACCCGCCCAUGGUGCAAAAGGGGAAAUUAUGUUUCUACUUCAACACUGGAGGAGGGGGGAUCUUCUGGGAGCAAAAGAGAAAUUGAAACUGAGAUGAGACAUGUUUUUUACUCCAUGACAGAAUACAAAGAAAUACAAGGAUGAUCCUUUAAUGUUAGAAACAGUAGAAUAACCAUCCUGGUAAAUAAAAAAGAAGAGAAAAAAUGUUAUUUUACAUUAGAUACAGAAAAAAAGGAUGGCUAAGAAAACUCAUAAAGCAAUGGUCAAUCUAUAACUCGAGUCCAAAUAAAUUGUGAUGUAACACUACAUUACCACUGAUUUGGCCUAAUUUACUAUCAUUAAUAACAUUAUAACAUGAAUGAUAAUAUUUAAAAUUUUAAAGCACUGUUACAAACACCAGAUCAUAUGUUAAAACUAUGCAAUCAUGUUGUCAGCUUUCAACUGCCACUAGCAUCCUAACCACAUUUCAAACUAUGGAAAUUACUAAAAAAUCAUUAUUGUAAUAAAAAGUUAAUAAUUCCUCAUUUAGAAUACCAUUGAUAUUCCCUCAGUGCCAGGAGAACAUUAUGGUUUCUCCUGUUUCUGUGAAGUGUAUAGUCUACAGGUUCAUAAGUGAGUAUAUCCAUGAGUAUAAAAAGAAGGUCAUUUAUGGGUGGAGAGGGAAAUUAUAGAAAACAAUUUCAGGUGAAAUAAACUACAUUUUCAGAUAAAGGAAAGAGUAUUCACUGCAGGUUCCUGAAAUAUUUCAGUCCAUUCAAGUUUUAAUUGUACCAAUGAAUCUCAAUAGAAAUACAGUUAAGGAAUAUGGUUUUUAUAGAUAAUGUCAGCUCCUUGUUUACCAAUAAUAAAGAUAAAGAUAAUGGCA